CUGACCAUUAAAGACUGGGGAUUUGCGAGGAGUUAUUGCUGGGACUUCAGGAACUCCACUCUCAUGGAAUCUUGCACGGAGACCUAAAGCCUGAAAAUAUUUUGUUUGAUAUCAACAACAAACUGUAUAUCGCAGACUUUGUAGCAAGCAGAAAACUGGAUCUUGCACAAAUGACUGCAUUGUUGUCUCGGUCCAGUUAUGAGGAUGUUGGGGGCCCAAAAUAUAAGUACAAGAAGGAAUCAGAUAUCCAAGUUGCAGGAUGCUUGGUGCAUUACAUCCUGACUGAUGGGCAACAUCCCUAUCAAACCACGACACCCUACUCCAAUGAUCCGUUUGGGCUAUCUCAAAAUGUCAGAACGGGCAACUUCACUCUUAAGUGUGAAGAAAGAUGGAUGAGCCAAAAAGGCAUUAUUACCAGAAUGCUGAGCAGAUCAGCUGAAGAACGUCCCACCAUUAAAGAAUGCCUUAAGGCUGUCACAUGUUUCACACAUCAGUCUGAUUACAAUGGAGCCACAACCAAUUCUGGCAAUGAGAAUAUAAAUAAAGACAGAACUGAUGCAGCAAAUUGCUGUCCCCAAACAGCAACUGAGAUGGACAUCUCAGAGACUGCUGUCUGUGAUCAGCCAGAGAUGACUGACAGUGACCUAAUGGAUUCCUGUUCUUCCACUGAAGAGGAAUUGUCUGUUUGUGGAAUGACCACUGAGCAACAGGUUUCUCUAUCCCUGAAAAUGUCAGAUGAAGAUGAACAACAUCAAGCUGAAGCAGAUUCAUCUUCUUCCACUGAAGGGGAAUUAUCUGGGCCUGAAAUGACCCCUGGGCAACAGUUUUUCCUUCAAGUGUCAGAUGAAGAACAACAACAAUCAGAAGCAGAGGAAUUCACAGAAAAGGACCUGAUCAUGGGAAAACCACCAUCAAAAAACGUAACUGCAAGGGAUCCAAAUGCCCAUGGUGGUGACCAACAUAAUAUCAAAGUGAAAAUGUCCUCAAACACUGCACUGAAACGAGUCUAUGACAAGAGAAAUUACUGCCUUUAUUGUGAGAGGCCUUAUGCAAAAAUGGCGAGACAUCUGAAGCAGAAGCAUUCGGAUAAAGUUGAAGUGGCUAAGGCACUUGCACACAGGCAAGGAUCCACCAUGCGCAAUGUUCUGUUGAGCAAAGUGAGAAACAUGGGCAAUUACCAUCAUAACUGUUUGGUCUUGUCCUCUGGAAAAGGCCAAAUAAUUCCAAAAAGGCAAGCAACCCAUCAAUCAUCAUCAAUGGACUAUCUGCCUUGCAAGUUUUGCUAUGCUAUGUAUGUUAAAACAGACCUGCGGAGACAUCAUAAGCGUUGCAAAUUACAAGUUGAAGAGGAUCGGUCAGUGAAAAGAAGAGUUCAAGCAAAUUUUUCCCUGAUGUUGCCCACAAACACUGCAAUUUCCAGGGGACUCAAAAAAAUUCUUGAGGACAUGACUUAUGAUGCUGUGACUCAGGUGGUGACAUCUGACAUGCUGAUCAUUUUGCUGGGAGAGAGAAUGUUCCUCAAACAAGGAGAAAUUGGACAACACCGGGCCAACAUCAGAAACAAGAUGAGAGAACUUGCUCGACUCGUUCUGGUGGCGAGAACAAUUGACAAGGACAUUGUAUCUUUGAAGGACUUGAUCAACCCAGGAAAGUUCAACACAGUACUGGAGGCUGUAAAAACGAUGACCAGGUUUGAUGAGUUAAUAAACAGAUUCUCAGCUUCCUCAACAGCUCUUAAACUGCGCCAUUCCCUUGUGAUGGUGACAUAUAUUUUGCAAGGAGAGGCUUUGCGACAAGAGGACUACACCUUGGAGGGGAGAGCAGAGCAGUUCAACAAAUUAAUUGAACUGGAAUGGACAACACCCGUGUCAUCCAAUGCAUUAAAGACUUGGAAGAAAUGGAACAACCCCCAAAUGCUGUCUCAAAAUGAAGACAUUAAGAAGCUCUAUAAUCACUUGAAAUGUCUUGAAGAGGUGAACAAAAAAGCUCUGAUUGACCAUCCAUCAUGCAGCUCAUGGAGUGAGCUCUCUCAAGUCACUCUGACGCAGCUGAUAUUAUUCAAUCAUCAUCAUGAAGGAGAAGUCUCUGGCAUGGAAGUGAAGACAUACCUGCAGAGAAACAAAACUAGUAUGCAGGAUUUAAUUAAGAAGAGCCUGACACCUUUUGAGAAAAAAUUAAUUGAGAAUCUCAUCAUGAUAGAAGUACAGGGGAAAAGGGGUUGUAAAGUAUCCGUGAUGUUCCCAACAAAUGUCAGAGAGUCCAUGGAACUUCUGAUUGAGACCAGGGAUAAGGUUGGGAUUUCCCAGAGCAAUCCAUACAUUUUUGCUCGUCCGUGCUAUGGAUCCCAGGAACACAUUCGUGGAUGUGACAGCAUAAAGCGAUAUGCAUUAAGCUGUGGAGUGAGACGCCCAGAAAAUCUCACACCCACAAAACUGAGCAAACAUGUAGCCACAAUCUCCCAGAUCCUUAAUCUGAAAAACCAUGAACUAGACCAGCUGGCAACAUUCAUGGGCCAUGAUAUUGAUGUCCAUAGGGAGUUUUAUAGACUCCCUGAAGAAACCCUUCACCCUCUGAAUGACAUCAUACCAAACCUAAACUCUGAAGCGGACUUCAGCGACUCGGAGGCGGAGGAUGUCCAAUCUGAGCAGACUGGUACCACAAGUCAAGAAGAAGAUGGACAUUCAGAAGAAAGGGCCGCUACCUCACGAAAGGCAGUUGUGGACAUUGAAACAUCACUGCGAUCAAGUGAAAGGGAACACGCCAUGUGA